AUUUUCUCUCUUUUGAGGGGUGAUGGCGGCCAGUCGCCGUUUUCUUUGAUAUAAUACAUUUAUCGUCCAAUUCCUGUUCAACUCAAACAUUUAAAACAUUUGAUAUUGUCGUGUUGAAAUGUCAGCUUGAUCCAGGCAGGAGAUGUUUGUAACACAGAGUACCCUCCUGUCCCUCCCCACUGUCGCCUUUCAUUGGUCUUUGUUGCUUUUGUGCCCGCUGACUUGCCCGUUCUUUCGCUGAUCUGGCCUGUUUUCUUAAUAACGCCAGUGUUACAACAAACAACCAAUAAUGACACGUAUUUGCUACAAUGAUGCUGGACUCUGACGACUUCACCUUAUUUUUUGAUAAACCAAUUGUGCAUCAAGUGAAACCACUUCAACAGGAGGCUAAGCCAUGCCAGCUGAAGGCUCCUCCACCUCUUACUGACUUUCCUGAUAGUCAAGAUGCAGAGAAGCAGGCAGACACUCUCUCCUCACUAUACAGUUUCUCCCAUGAACAAACAGUUCUCCAACCUCUUUCAAAGGGAUCGGAUGGUUACAACAUCUAUUCAUCAAAUGUCAACAGUUCGAGCUUUUUCAGUGAGCAGAUCGGACAUGAGGAGCUCCCAGGUUUUAGCAACCCAAGAGGAUGUGGCAGUUUUUGGAUGAGUUCAAGCUACAGCCAUUGCUCUCUGGAGGAAUUCCACAGUGGCAGAGAUGGAGAUGAAACUUUUCAGGACUUUAAUCAGAAAGCCAUGAGCAAAUAUUCGCCUUUUGACUGUGUCCCAUCCUUGCGCAAAAGGUCAUUCAAGAUGCCAGAGAUGACCACCAGAAAUGACUCAUCCCCCAAAAAUGACCCCGGGAACCGCGGCAGCAACCAGACAGCAACCACACCUGAAGCUUGUCUUAGUCAGGUUACCAUGACAACAGUCCCUCUUCCUCCUCAGCCACUAAAGGCGACAGUUGGCCACAAGGCUCCUGCUUUCACUCCUAAGCCCUUUCUUCCACAGCCUCUUCUGGGUUUAUCUGCACCAAGUGGCCGACUCCCGCAGGCAGCGCAACACGCAGAAACACACAGCGCAAGGAGAGCUGUAGUUCCCCCCAUGACGCCUCAGCCGCUGCACAUUCAAGGAUCUGCGGGAGUUUUGCGUCCUGUUUCUGAAAUUCCCAUCAAAUUCAGAUCCGUCUUUAGUGAAUUCCCCUUUUUCAAUUAUGUCCAGUCCCAGGCCCUGGAUGAUGUUCUGUACACAAACAAGAACUUUGUGGCGUGUGCUCCUACUGGAUCGGGUAAAACGGUGCUGUUUGAGCUCGCCAUCAUUCGCCUGUUGAUGGAGACACAGGAACCGUGGAGGGACGUGAAAGCUGUUUACAUGGCUCCUAUCAAAGCUCUGUGCAGUCAGUGCUUUGAGAACUGGAAUAAGAAGUUUGGUCAUUUAGGCCUGAUCUGCAAGGAGCUCACCGGUGACACGGAGAUCGAGGACUUCUUUGAGAUUCAGGACUCCAACAUCAUUCUGACCACGCCCGAAAAGUGGGAUAGUUUGACGAGAAAGUGGAGGGACAACUGUUUGCUGCAGCUGGUCAGACUCUUCCUCAUCGAUGAGGUGCAUGUGGUGAAAGAUGCAACCCGCGGGGCCACCUUGGAAGUGGUGGUGAGCCGGAUGAAGGCCGUGCACAGCUUUAGAACAUCGCAGAACCCAGAGGCAGGCCUUUCCAUGCGAUUUGUGGCCGUGUCAGCUACCAUUCCUAAUGUAUCUGAUAUAGCAGAGUGGCUGUCAAAUGAAGGAGAGCCCGCCACAUACCUGAAUAUGAACGAGAGCCAUCGUCCAGUGAAGCUUCGAAAGGUGGUGCUGGGAUUCCCCUGCAGCCCAAACCAAACAGAGUUCAAGUUUGACUUGUCACUUAGCUAUAAGAUGGCCAACAUCAUUCAGACGUACUCUGACCAGAAGCCUGCUCUGGUGUUUUGCUCCACGAGGAAAGGAGCUCAACAAUCAGCUGCGAUUCUGGCCAAAGAUGUUCGAUUUAACCUGAGCAUUGAACAUAAACAACGGCUGACGAAAUAUGCAAACUCUGUUUUAGACUCUAAACUCAGAGAUCUGGUGCCGUUGGGGAUUGGUUUCCACCAUGCAGGGCUGGACUUGUCUGAUAGGAAACUGGUGGAAGAAGCCUUCACCCAGGGAGAUCUGUCUGUCCUGUUUACCACCAGGACCCUCGCCAUGGGAGUUAACCUGCCUGCUCACCUUGUCGUGAUCAAGUCCACCAUGCAGUAUGUGGUAGGCUCCUGUGAGGAGUACAGCGAGGCAGACAUCCUGCAGAUGAUUGGCCGGGCUGGACGACCACAGUUUGACACAUCAGCCACUGCAGUAAUCAUGACCAAAGUCCAGACCAGAGAUAAGUACAUGAAACUGAUGAACGGCGUGGAAGUGAUUGAGAGCAGCUUACAUGGUCACCUGGUGGAGCACCUGAAUGCUGAGAUUGUUCUCCAAACCAUCAGUGAUGUCAACAUGGCUUUAGACUGGAUUCGCUCCACCUUUCUGUACAUCAGAGCCCUCAAAAACCCCACCCACUACGGUUUCACUGCUGACUUCGACAAAUAUGGCAUUGAAGCACAGCUGCAAGAGCUGUGUCUGAAGAACCUCAACUCGCUGUCCUCCAUCGAUCUGAUCAGUAUGGACGAGGACAUCAACAUCAAACCCACAGAGGCAGGCAGGCUGAUGGCUCGCUACUGCGUGGCCUUUGACACCAUGAAGCAGUUCAGCAAAGUAGAUGGCUCUGAGAGUCUAUCUGACCUGGUUGAGCUUGUUUCAAAGAGCAAAGAGUUCAGUGAAAUUCAGCUGCGAGUAAACGAGAAGAGACCUUUAAACUCAUUCAACAAGGACAAGAACAGAACCACCAUCAGAUUUCCCCUCAAAGGGAAAAUGAAAAGCAGCGACAUGAAAGUGAACUGUUUGAUCCAGGCUCAGCUGGGCUGCAUCUCCAUCCAGGACUUUGGACUGACACAGGACACAGCAAAGAUCUUCAGGAUUGGGCUGCGCAUCAGUAAAUGUCUCUCUGAGUUUCUGGGCCAAAGGUCAAGGGCUGGCUUUACGGCGCUGCUCAACUCCAUCAUUCUGGCUAAAUGCUUUCAAUCCAAACUUUGGGAAAACUCCCCCUACGUUUCUAAACAGUUAGAGAAGAUAGGCCAGACUCUGUCAGCUGCGAUGGUGAAUGCUGGACUCACAACCUUCACCAAAAUAGAGCAGAUCAACCCCAGAGAGCUGGAGCUGAUCCUCAACAGACACCCACCGUUUGGAAACCAAAUCCGAGACUCUGUGAUGCAUCUUCCCAAGUAUGACGUGUGCGUGGAGCAGCUUCCGCGGUACAACAUCGCCUCUGCAGAAAUCUCUGUCAAAGUGAUUUUGAAGAAUCAAACCCAGCUGCUGUCCAAGAGGACAUCUCCAGACCGUCACUACGUCAGUCUGCUGAUUGGAAAUGCUGACAACUCUGUAGUCUGUCUACACAAGCUCACGGACUCCAUUCUGCUCAAAUGUGGUACUUGGUCAAAGAAGAUUGAAGUGACAAGGGCUUCAAAAGGAGAUGAGCUCAAUGUCAACCUCAUCAGCUCACAAUAUGUGGGGCUCGACGUGCAUCAGAAGUUGACCCUGCACUACACGGCCCUGAAGGGGUCUGGAGUUCAGAGUCACAUCCGCCAUGCUGUGGCAGAUCUUCAUCCUGGACCCAAACAGCUUCUCUCAGCUCCAACUUCCCUGUCUGCAGUUCAAGGAGGGAAUCGGAACCAAGAUUCAAAUCAGAAACAAGCUUGCAGCCAUUUGUGCAAGAACAAGUCUGCCUGCGGCCACGACUGCUGUAAAGUCUGUGUGACAGCAGCACAGAGGAGGCCGGCAGACCGAGAAUCCAGUUUCUCUUCGUACCUGUCAGACCUGAAAAGCAGGUCGGAAGCCCUCGCUCAGACCCCCGUCAAACGCCUGAAGAUGAAAAUGGAAGAGGAGCCCCUGCUGCUCGGCUUGCAGAAGUUUGCUUUCAGACCUAAUGGAGUUCCUCCUCCUCCUCCUCCUCCUCCUCCUCCUCCUCCUCCUCCUCCUCCUCCUCCUCCUCCUCCUCCUUCUUGCCACGAUGGGAGCUGCAUUCCAGCGUCUGGAACCCAAUGGACAGCAGAGUGUGAUGAAGGGUUUGGUUUCCAUGAAGAAGAUGAGCACCGCUGGACAGCAGAGGCUCCCUCAGGUUCCUGGACGGUCCCGGGCAUAAGCAGACAGAACCGGAUCAGCACAGCGUACGCUGGAAACCAAAGCGAUUUUCUCCAAAUGCCCGCGGUGAGCUUCGAUCUGGGCAACGAGUGGGACGACUUUGAGGAUGAGAAGCUGCUGCGGGCCAGCGAGGGCUUUGGGGCGGAUCCUCAGAGGCUGCAGAAUGCUGAGCUCAGAGACUCGGGCAGAGCAGGAGGCUGUGCAGCUGCAUCAGCACCACCUCUGCCCAACCGCUCCUCCCUCUCUGUACCUCCAGCUGCUCCACACAGUUUAAAUCCUGGAAUCAGGAAACGGGGAUCUGCUCAUCUGAGUCAGAGGCUCUCAGCUGACAGGAGAAUCACGCUGGACGUCAAGAAAGCGAACAUCUUCAGGGGGCAGUUCCCCCCGGAAACCCCCCCGGAAAGGCUGGCGGUGCAGCGUCCUGCAGGAAUCCAUUUCUUCCAUGCAGAGGUCAGCUCAUCUCCCAGCAGAAGCAGCAGGGAGGAGGAAGCCUUUGUCGGGAUUUUUGACGGCCUUUUCUAGAGCGAUUGCACCGCUGAAGCCUCGUUAUCACAGUUUGUGAUGUUUGACAAAGUUCCGAGUGUUCUCACCUCACACCUGUCAGCGUUUGAAGACGGAACUUUUGUUAUCUUGUUCAUUUGUAUUAAAAUGUUUGUAUUUGUUAGUCUGUCAGACUGAAUAUUUAGUUUUGCUGUAAAGUUUGUCAUGCUUUUUAUUGUAAAAAUAAAAAUAUUUUUGCAUCUGUU